GACGGUUGCGAGCGUUCUUAGGGGCAGGCAAAGCGAACACUGACGAAAAGAAAAUUGAUAAAACUUUGCCCCGUUUAACAGACCCAGUCUCCCCUUCCCUACCUUAUGGCUACCAAUUCAAACAUAGAUAUAGAGGAUGCGACCCAGCAUCUUCGGGACAUCUUAAAACUGGACCGUCCUGGCAUUAGCGCCGACGCAUCUACAAGUGAUACUCCUAAAAAGACAUCUUUCAAUGGCGAGUUAAACGGCCUGCUUGGAGCUGAUUUCAUCGGAACAGGAGAGUGUGCAGCCAUGGCCGGGGCACCAGGUCUUAGCCCGGAAAAUCUUAGCACACAAGAGUGCCAGACUAUCUGCCUAUCAGGGGAUGAUGGGUCUACUUGUGUUGCCAUCACUUCCAGCCUUGUAGAAAUAGUGGCAAGUCGUGACUCCAGCAUUGACAGUAAGGCUCGUGGCAGCAACAAGGUGAAGAUACAGCCUGUGGCCAAGUAUGACUGGGAGCACAAGUACUAUUAUGGCAACCUUAUUGCUGUGUCCAACACUUACUUGGCCUAUGCCAUCAGAGGAGCUAACAAUCAUGCGAUGAUCCGUGUCCUGAGCCUGGGCUCGGCUGAGCGCACCCUUCUCAAAGGCUUCACCGGUGCAGUCACAGACCUGGCCUUUGCCCACCUGGACUCCACCCUGCUGGGCUGUGUAGACGAGGCCGGCAACCUGGUCAUCUGGCAAUUGACCAGCACCAGUGGAAAGAUCCAAGAUGAGGUGGUAGUGCACAUCCGCAGGCCUGAGGACACGCCGCUGAACUCUCACCGGAGGCUCAUCUGGUGCCCCUUCAUACCCGAGGACAACGAGGAGAGCCCGGAGGAGUCUUGUCAGACCUUGGCCCUCCUCCACGAAGACCGAGCAGAGGUUUGGGAUCUGGACAUCCUGAAAUCCAACAACAGCACUUGGCCUGUGGAUGCAACUGAGCUAAAAGAGGGCUUCAUCACCAUCAAAGGACAUACAGCCCGCAUAAGUGAAGGAGCUUUGUCACCUGAUGGCACUGUGUUGGCCACCGCCAGCCAUGAUGGCUAUGUUAAGUUCUGGCAGAUUUACAUAGAGGGACAAGAUCAACCCAGGUGUGCUAAUAAGAAAUGUCUACAUGAGUGGCAGCCUCAUAAUGGGAGACCUCUGUCGUGCUUGCUGUUUUGUGACAACCAUAAGAAGCAGGACCCUGAAGUGCCGUUCUGGCGUUUCCUCAUCACCGGAGCGGAUCAGAACCAGGAGCUUAAGAUGUGGUGCACCGUUUCAUGGACCUGCCUGCAGACCAUUAGGUUUUCUCCAGAUACUUUCAACUCAACUGUGCUACCCAGUCUGAAGGCAAACCUGGACCUGGCUGCAGAGUGUCUGAUCCUCACUGAUGUACAAAGGAAGGUGAUCUAUGUGAUGGAGCUGCAUCAGGACCAGGAGAAAGGUCGCGCCAGCUUCACGGCCGUCUCAGAGUUCCUGCUCACGCACCCCGUGCUCAGCUUCGGCGUACAGGAAGUCACCCGCAGCCGUCUGCGCCACACUGAAGUGCUUCCCCCAGACGAGGAGAGCGAGAGCAUGACUACAGAAGGAAGCCAGGGCCCCAUGGAAUCCAAGUCAGGAAUCAAAAUCAAACUCUACUGUGUUCACACAAAGUCCCUGCAGGAUGUGCAGAUCUGGUUCCAGCCUGACCUGGGGUCCUCCAGCUCGCUAAGCUUACCGCACAUGGGGUCACAGGAAGCCUUAGCAGGUUUCUCAGACCACCUGACUGACAUGAGUGUGGAGGGCCUGAGCUCAGAUAAGGAUUCGGGGAGCGACUCCCAGAACGACCUGUGCAAGAUCCCCGCCCUGCCCGCCCCCGCAGACUUCUUGAGCUCUGUGGGCGCUGCCUCUGCCGCUGCCACCGCCAUGCCCAAACUCAUGACCCCCGAUGCCUUCAUGACUCCCAGUGCAUCAGUACCAGCCUCGCCAGGCAGUGGAACCAGCAGUCUGACCAUCGUCACGGCGAUGAGCUCCGAUGGUGGUACCAGGGGAGGAGAAGAGGUCAGCCAGAGCCCGAAGAUGUCUCUGGACAGCAGCGGCAGCAGUGGCCUCAGUCUGAGCGCCACCAACACCAGCAGCCCCAGAGCCAACUCCAUCCUCCUGGCAGGCCUCGGAGACAUCCAGCUUCAGAGUUUCUCUCCGCCCUUGCCGCUCUCUCCCACGCUCCUGCGCGAGGCCUACCCCUUCAGUCACAUGCCCCCCCUCACCUACCCGCUCCGCCCCUCCCAGGUGCCCCCGCUGGCGCUGGACCUGCAGGCCAUGGAGCCGCCGCUGCUGAUGGCGCAGGCGUCCCCGACGCGCGCCCGCUCCCCGGACGUCAUCUCGUCCGCCUCCACCGCCAUGUCGCAGGACAUGCCCGAGAUCGCCUCCGAGACGCUGCAGCGCGGGAGCCUCGCCGCCAGCGUGGCCGCCGCCGCUGCUGCCGCCGCCGAUUCCGCCCAGGUGUCCGCGCCGAUGUCCCUGCCCGGUCUCCACGGCGACAGCAUGGCCUCGGCCGCCUCGGCGCUGCACAUGCUGUCGCCGCGCAACCACUCGGUCGGGCCGGAGCUGGGCCUGCAUCCGCUGGAGCUCGGCGCGGGCGCGGGCCCCGCGGACGGAGAGCAGCGGCUCAGCAACACGCCCUCGCUGCUGGAGAACGCGCUGUCCCAGGAGAACGCUGCCGCCGCUGCUGCUGCGGCCGCAUGCGCAGACAACGGCAUAGGCCACGCCUGGCCUGCUGCGCCGGACAUCACACGGGAAACCAGGCAGAGGGACAACGGCAUGGGAGACUGCUCAAGAGAGGACAUGAAGGACAGACACAUAUCGUCUCCAUACCAUAGGCGCGCUUACCAUCUUACCCAGAACGACAGUCAGGACGCCAGUGCAGAGCAGAGUGACCACGAUGAUGAGGUGGCGAGUCUGGCAUCGUCGUCGGGGAACUGCGGCUCUCGCUCGAGCCACAGGCUGCCGGUGAAGGACUGGAAGACCUCCCCCAGGGGCUCCCCCAAACUCAAGCGCAAGAGCAAAAAGGACGACGGAGAGUCCUCGCAGGUCCGGCAGGGUGAACACCAGAUGAGCCCUGAGAUGUACGAGGAGAUGCUGCUGCUGAUGCGGAGCCAGCAGCGGGAGCUGGCCGAGCUGCGCCAGAGCCAGCUGGAGCUGCUGCAGCGGCUCACGGGCCACAUGGACGGCGUGCAGAGCUCCGUCAUGGCCCACGUCGAGCACGUCAUGCUCUCCCAACAGGAGCAAGAGCAGCGACGGAUGGAACGUCUUCUGGCAGAGCAGCAGCACCGCCACCUGCAGCUGCAGGAGCAGCUGGCCCAGCAGCUGGCCCAGAGCCUGGGCGCCACCCUCUCCAACCGCCUGGACAAGGUGUUGCGCGACGAGAUGAAGAAGACCGUCCCACAGACCAUCUCCAAGAGUUUGGAGCCCGUCACCGGACAGCUGAGCAACACUAUCGCCGCCAAGCUCGCCGCCGUGGAGGGCACACUCAAAGAAAACGUCACCAAGGUGGUCAAAUCAAAGAACACUACUGACGCCAUUGGGCGCGCAGCAGCCGAGGCCAUGCAGGGGCCCAUCCAGGCAGCCUACAAGGAGGCGUUCCAGAGCAUCGUGCUGCCCGUGUUUGAGCGCGGAUGCCAGUCCAUGUUCCAGCAGAUCAACGACAGCUUCAAACAGGGAACCCAUGAGUACAUCCAGCAGCUUGAGACUCAUGUGAAGAACAGGAAGCAGCGGGAGCAGGAGGCACGGGACCCCGUGAUUGGCCAGCUCCAGCAGAUGAUGGACUCCUUCCAGAACUCCACCGACCAGCUGGCCAGCACCGUGACGGCCAGCGUGCGCUCCGAGGUCCAGCACCAGCUCCACAUGGUCGUGGGAAAUCUGCAGGACUCGAUCCUGACGCAGGUGCAGCGGAUUGUGAAGGGUGAGGUGAGCAUGGCCAUGAAGGAGCAGCAGGCGGUGGUGACCUCCAGCAUCAUGCAGGCCAUGCGCUCCGCCGCGGGCACGCCCAUCCCCACCGCCCACCUGGACUACCAGAGCCAGCAGGCAGCCAUCCUGCAGCUGCUGCAGCAGGGACAGCUCAACCAGGCCUUCCAGCAGGCCUUGUCUGCUGCUGACCUGAACCUGGUUCUGUACGUGUGUGAGACCAUCGACUCUCAGCAGGUGUUUGGCCAGCACCCGUGCCCCCUCAUCCAGCCCGUCCUGCUGUCGCUCAUCCAGCAGCUUUCCACCAACCUCGGCACGCGCACCGAGCUCAAAAUUAGCUAUCUGGAGGACGCCGUGAUGAAUCUGGACCACGGUGACCCCGUGACGCGGGACCACAUGAGCGCGGUGUUGGCCCAGGUGCGGCAGAAGCUCUUCCAGUUCCUGCAGCAGGAGCCGCUCAGCCCGCUCAGCAAGAGGGCUCGCCGCCUCAUGAUGAUGCUGCAGGGCCUAGUGGUCAACCACUAGCCCCGCACACAAUAGCACAUAGCCUACCCAAACAAUGUGCUCCUCAAAUUACCCCUCACCCAUAAUCAAACACACACGCACAUGCACACACACGCACACACUCAAACACAAACAAAUACACACACACUUCCUUUCUGCGUCUCCCUGCAGCUCCAUUCAUCUUGUCUAUGUAGACCCUUACCUGUACAGCCUGUCCCUCCACAUACACACACACCUGACUUUGACCUUUCACCCUUGAUGACCCCCCUCCCUCCCCCCAGCUGCUCUUCUGCGGUCUUUCUUUGGGAUUUGUGGGAUUUUGACGGUGGCUUGGAUGAUGGAGGAAAUUGGCACUCUGAUCCUGUGUUUAUGCUUACUAGCUUUUUUUUUUUUUUGGUUGGCUGCAGUUGCACUCAACGUACCACCUCAUCCUAAAGUUUGUCAUUUCUCGUCUUGUAUGACGAACCACAUGAAAAUGAGAAGGUUGUUGCUCUUUUAUUUUUGUAAGUGACCAUUGCAAGUCAACUAACUUUUGUGCAAUGCAUCAAGAAGGCAGAGGCAAAAGAAAACCAAAUGGACCUUUCAGUGUUUCGCUAGUGUGCUAUGUUGGUUGGAAGAUGUUCUGCAGAUUAUUUCUCAGCACUCUGCCAUGCUGCCUACUGGCCAGACAGACAACUGCAGUGAGGACUGCAACUAUAUAGAGAUCUCUUUAUUUUUCCCACCCCACAAACUGCUACAUUUUCAUUUAAUUCCUCCCUGGUUUUCUAUUUUUGUUUCACAAACUGAAAGGAAUAACAAGGUACAUAUGCACAGGAUGAUGCCUCUACCAGAAACACUGAGUUUAUUUCUUUAAAAGUCCUCUUGUACCACAGACAUUUCCAUCUGGUUGAAAAGUAGUUUUGUUUUGUGUGCGAGAGGGGGUUGUAUUUCCUGUAGGACUGACUACUUUUUGCAUAGGCUUUACAGAACUGUACAGUGUUCAUAUGUUAAUGUAAGUUCUUUUCUGAUCUGUUUUUAUGUGUUAGUUUAAGCAGGAAGCUGAAGCACCCGUGUACAUUAGUCAAUCAAGAAUAUGAUUGUGGCGUCCAGGCAAACAGGGAAAAUGGCCGUCCGCGUUUAGUUUUUUUUGUUGCGUCCCCCACUCCCUCGAUUUUUCCAAGGUCCUUACAAUCCACCAGCUUCUCACAUUAAUCAUACUCUCAACAUAUGCUUGAGUUAUCAAAGUCAAAGUUGUUUUCCAUAGCAAAUCAAGCGAGAUCUGUUAUUACUAAGAGAUGUCUCAUUCAAUUUGUAAGCGUGCAGUUUUCGCUUCAGUCCCUAGAUGGCAGUAAAUCUGAUAACUAGGUUUGUUAUUUAUCAUGCUAUUUUUACAUAUGCUGCUUUUUCUCUUCACUAUCUUUUGUAAAUGUCCCACAAUUUGCAAGACUAUUGUUUCUUUUAAAGGUACUGAUUUGUGUCAAUGUGGCCUUUAAAGAUGUAUUUUAUUUUCCACUUCCUCCCAAAGCAAAUCCUGAUUAGUGUAUUUGGGGUUUCGAUCAUCCCCGGAGGACUUAUUGAUUGUGGUGUCAAAUUAAAAAUUAUAACAGAAUAUAGCUCCCAUAACCUGGAGUGUAACCUUAACAGAAAGUGCCUUAACAAUGUUCUACAGUUUGAGUGGUCAAUUGUUCCCUUAAUAUACCUUAGUGCUAUUUAGGGGUGGGAGGAUGUGAUUAAAGAAAUCCGAGGUAAUAUGUAGAAGUGUGAAGAGAGAAGUGGCACUGGUCAUUGCAUUGAUGUGCUGAUUUCACAGUCACUUAUGAAGAACAAAGCUUUUUCAGUCAGAGGAAUAGCACUUGUAUUGUUUACUGAUGAGAAUCUGAGCUCUUGUUUUAGGUUUUAAGACCAAGGAAUCUGCCCUUGUUCUAUGUGUCUCACAUUCUCGUUGUCUGCGAGAAAUGCCUGAAAAUGUGUGCGUUUGUGCGCAACACCAACACUUUGUAAGGUGGUACUGUAGACCCAGUGAAGCACUGUCAUCAAAAAAAGGCUUCCUAAACAAGGCCUUCAAAACUCAUCAGUCAUACUUUAAAUGUGGAUAUGUUCACAUCUCCCCUCUUGAAGAUCGCAAAGGUCCCACCUGUUUUCUUUGCCUCCGUAGAUAAUGUUACAUUUUGGCACACAAAAAGGUUUUUUAUGUUGGGCAGCUGGUUUAGACUAAAUAAUGAUUAAGCUCAGCAUGCUAAGGAGCUGUGCUCAUUUAAAUUCAUGUAUACCUGGUCUAGAUGGACUAGGACGAUUUUUUUUUUUGUUCUUGUCAGAAAGAAUCAGCGCACUAAAUUACAGCAUUCUUGGUUAGAUUCCAUCUCUGAAACGACCCUUGGUCAAGUAGCUUGACCAUCUGUAUGUUGUAGCUACUGGAAGUUCAAACCCUUGGAUUGUUGAAGUAACCCUUUACGGUUUUGUUUUAUUAUUUUUUUCAAUUAGUCAAGUACACAUUAUUCUUAUAUGCAGGUUUCGACCAGCAAUUGCAGUGUAUAAAUCAAGGUUUUCCUUCCAACUUUUGUUUUUCAUUAAGAUUGAUACUUAUCAGGGUUUAGCAACAAAUAGACGUGAAUGUCCUAUCGAGGCUUGCACAUAACGCUAUAUAUAACUACUUUCCUCUCCAAACGUUGCAUAUUCAGAUUUAGCUCUUGUUUUGUGUAUGAACAGAUUUGAACGUUUUGUCAUUUUUCCAUCGUGGUUUUGUUCGUAAUGCUUGGACUAUGUUGUAUAUUUUACACCUGUUUCUUUUACCCUAGACGUUUUGGAAUAAAAAAGAAAAUCACAAUGUUCAA